CAAGACAAGAAGUGUCAAACUACUCUAUGUCAAACCAAGUCGGGCGUCUAAAAAAGUUCAUUAACCACGAUGAAAAAUGGUAAAAACAAGAAAGUGAACUUUCGCGACAUCGUGGAUUAAUUCAUUUAAUAUCAUCGGUCCUAUUUAUGAAGUAAUUUGUCGUAAUGUCGGGUUUUCAUGGUUGAAAUCAAGUUGUAAAAUUCAUUAUUAGGUUAGGUUCUUUCGGGUUAGCUUAAUUUUUUAAUUUUCACACAAGUCGUUACUCGAGAAAGAAGGCUCGACCUCUUUAAAAUCCUAAUCGAAAAGAGCAUUUGCAUACUGCAGUUAUGUACUUCGACUUUCGGAAUACGAUCGUUUUUUGGUGAUAAUAUGUCAAAGUCAAAUAUAAGAAAAAUAACAGUUGAGACUACCAAAUGUAAUAUUGACUCUCGGCGUCCGAGUGUUUUCGAAAGGUUGGGAACUAAGCCAGCGAACGUUAGCAACACCCAAAAUUCUUCGGAUUUUUGUAGAAAUUGGGCAGUAAACGGCAGUUGUUCAUAUGGAAAAAACUGCAAGUAUGCAAAUACUCAUACUUUAAUUAGUCCAUCCAAAAGAGCAAAAAAGGAUAAUGCAACAGCGAAUGCUACAUUGCUUAAUGAAGACCUAUUCAAGCGAUUUACAUCUAAAAUUCUGAAGAAGGCGUCGCACAGUCCCGACUUAAAUUUAGAAGAGUGGAAUCAGACGGACCUAGAGUACGAAGACGAGAAAGUCCUGGAGAGACGUCGACAGCUUUUGCAGAGGGAGUUAGAGAUACAAAUGAAGAAGGAUAAGGAAGUUCAUGGAAAGGAUAAGACCAAGUUCAAGAAGAAGGUCAUGAGCUCAUCCUCGAGUUCUCGCAGUUCCAGUUCCUCCAGUAGCAGCAGCAGUUCAAGUAGCGACGAUUCCUCGUCGACAUCGACUUCCGAUUCGCGCAAGAAAGUUAAGAAACUUAAGAAGAUCAAGCAUCACAGCGUGUCUCCAGAUUACAACGAAGAGAAAGAGAGAAAAAAGAAGUUGAAAUUGAAGCGUUUAGGGCAAAAGAAUGAGAAGGUAAUUUCCAAGAAGAAACGCAAAGUAGAAACAGUCGCGAAGAAAGAAGAGAAACUAGCGAAGAAACCGAUUCCGGUUCCUGUAAGAAAACACUCCGUUCCGAGGACAAAGUCUCCAGCCCCAGCCAUGUCGCAUGUGUCGAGCAACAGCAAGUCCAAAGAAAGGAACAGUAGCGAGUCUCCCAAGCCUAAAGUCAAGGAGAUGGAUAAAGACAAGCACCACAAGAAAAUCCGAGAAGAGGAAAUUGUGACGAAAGAAAUACCCAAGGCUAAAGUCCCUGAGAAGCCCAAGGAGUUUGACAAAAGCAAAAGUAGACCCAGCGUCGAGAAGAGUAAAGUUGACGAUAAAACCAAACGAAGAUCCAAGGAGAGAGAAAAGCGAUCUAGGACGCCACCUAUCGAUCGAUCCAAGCACCAGCAUUCGAAAGAUAGCGCCUCUACGAAAUCCAGAAGAAGUCGUACCCCCGAUAAAUCGUCGAGGCCAAAACACGACCACACGCCUUCCAAGCAUCAGGACAAACGCUCCACAUCGAGCAGAUCUCGAGAAUUAGAGAAGAAGGAUCGGGAUUCCCAUAAACGCGAGAGAAGCAAGGAGAAGGAAGAACCUAGGAAAACUGAUCUCGCGAAGGCUCGACCUUCUUCGAGCCAAGAUGAUAGUCAUCGGAAGAAUCCUGGCAGGGAUUUCGAUGAUAAAAGUUAUCCUGCUGAUCGAAACAGGCAGAGGAGCAAGGAGCGUCGGGACAAAGAUCACGUCAGGGAUGAUCACAGGGACUCGAGAAUUCGAGAUCAGCGUGAAAAAGAUCGAGACGAGCCGCAGGAUCGUCGCGAUAGACAAAGAGAUCGAGAGCGGGAGAAAGAGAUGCCGAAAGUCCGAGAAAGGGAAAUUCCUUCACUCAUGGCGGCAACGGCUCUGAACCCAAUGGACAAGGGUUCGCGAUUUCGAAGAAGCAAGGACAGGAUAAAGGAUAUUGUUAUUGAAAAGGGAAAUUUGAGGGAUCGAAGGAACGAGAGAGAGAAAGACCGUGAUCCGAAACUUAUGGAGCGUGAUAGAAGUUCGCAACGCUUCGAUGGCAGAUUUGAUAGACCAGGUGAUAAGGAUUUGCCAGUCCAUAAGAUGGUGGAUCGAGAUCGACUCGAUCGUUUUCCGCGAGAUCGAUCAAUUGAUCGGAUUGCUGAUAAGAACGUUCCUGGGAGGGAUCACAUGAUGGAUCGGGAUCCAAUGUAUGAACGACACAGGAGAUUCAAUCCGCGAUUCGAAAGGGGUCAUCCGGAACAUGAUAGGAAGGACCAAGCGCAUAUUCCACCGAUUAAGAUUGAUCGUUUGGCUGAUCGGAGGGACAGUCCGAGGGGAAAUAUUGACAUGGAUAGGAACUUUGAUAGGAAUUAUUCUCGGUUACCGCCCGAGCAUUGGAAUGAAGAUGAGGAACAGGGAUCGCAUAUGGAUUACAGGGAUCAUCAUCCUCAUGAGGAGGAUCGGAGAAAAGGAGUAGAUCAGAGGAGAUAUAGUCCCUUUGAUGAAAGAAGGGGAAGAGAUGAUAGAGGUCCGAGAUACGGGAUGCAAGGAGAGAGGUCUUUCGAUGAUAUUCAUCAUCCAGUUUAUCCUGGAGAUAAAAUGAGACCUGGUGGUGGAAUCAGAGAUGAGAGUAGCAAUGAUAACUGGGAUCAUCAUGACGUUGAGCAUGGCAUUCGAGAUCGACCUUAUCAAGGGAAUGAUUGGGAAGAAAGAGAGUGGAGAGGAGGAAGAGCGAUGUGGGAUAGGGAGAGUCUUCCUCGGUCGGAAGCACAUGAAGAAGACUGGACUUCCCGAUAUGAUAGUCCUAUGUCUGAUUGGAAGAUGAAUGAUGCGAGAAAGUGGGAUAAUCAGCCGAUGCAUAUGAGGGGAUCUUACAGAAAUGAUAGGAUGAAGGACAUGGAUGGGGAACCGAAUCAUGGCAAGAGGAGGUCGUAUAAUACACCCGAGAUAAGGGAUGAAAUUCCGGCCCACGUUUCGAAACAAGGAGCGCUGCAUACUAGUAUGAAGGAUGAACCGAUUAAUAAGAAGCUGAUGGAGUUGGCCGAAGGCAGACCGAGAAGAAGUAGGGAAAAGUCGGCUGACAGUUUUCAGAAGAAGUUACCGCUCAAGGAAAAGGUGGAGGUGAAGGAGGCGCCGAUUCCAGAGUUGAAGAGAGUUUGUUUGGAGGAGCCUUUGCAAACUUUGCACACGGAAAGUGAUCUUAGCGACAUUAGUGACGAUCCAGAUGAUAUUCUUAACAUGGAUGAUGAGAUUGUUGAGAAAGCAGCGAAGAAAAGUUCAGAAACUACUGAUCAAGUCGCAUCGCCCGCUCAGAACCAAGACGUGUCUCAACCGCCUUCUAAACAGGCCACUGAAAAUACAACCUUCUUAAAAGAUAAAGACACCCCAGAAAGGAUCCCGUACAGCAAUAAGAAUAUGGAAGAUGAAGGUCUGGAGACGAUGGACUUUGAGGAAAUAUCUGACGGUGAGUUGGAGGAAGACAUUAAGACUAGUGGAAAAGGCUUAGGUGAUGCUUUGGGAGUCGACUGGGCCAGUCUAGUUAACGAAUCUCAACCUCGACGCCCUGUUACCUCAACUCACGAAAACGGUCAAAAUCGCUGGCAGUGUAAAGCUGUCUUUCAACGAAUUGGUAUUUCGAUCAAGACUGCUGGCAAUGAAUUGGUGGAGAAGUUCAUUAAAAAAUAUGGAGGUACUGAAAAUGGAAAGCUCUUCAUGGACAACGUUGCUAUGAUGCAUACAGCAAUGGUUCGAAAAAGACUCUUUGAAAACUCAAAUUACGGGCUGUUGUCCGGCGAUGACCUGCUUUACAGCAGUAAGUUCGAAAAGGGGGAAGAGGAUCCAGAAGACCUAAAACCGUGCACAAGUUUGUACGAAGAAGCGAAGCUGCUUUUGGAACAGGCAGCCUAACUUCAAUCACGAAUCAAUUUUUGUGAUGCACGUGCUAAAAUUCUUUGUGAAUUUUCACACUGAUGUAAUUUCAUGAUUGUUACACCUUAAUGAUACUGCCUACUCGGGUGAUAAUGAAUUACUGCUUUAGAGUAUUUUACAAAAGGCAGAAUCGCCUAAGUUUCAUUUAAAAGUCUCCUUAUAAAUAUAUUUCAAAAAGGAAAUUAGUAGCAUAGAAAAGUCUAUUUAUGUGCAUUUUUUGUCAAUCUUUUUUUAUUUGUCAUUAGCACUCGCUUCAGCGUUAAUUCAUUUUUGACCGAGUACGUGACAGAAAAUAUGCUUCUCAGAGAAGCCUGCUUACAAAAAACCUUCAUAAAGAGAAGAAUCGAUGAGCGUAUAAUGAUGUUUUAUCGAUAUAUCGACUCUUUUCUGUGAUUAACAAAUGAAGUGUAUAAAGAUGAAAUCACGUACUUCUAUUGAUUGGUGUGUGAGUAGUUCUUCUUUUUAGCCUACGAUAAAUAUUAUCUAGCCAUUAGAAUUGAGAUUUGCAAUCAUAGCAGUGCAGUUUUGAUAAAUGUACAUAAAUCAUUGAUAAAUGAAUGAAAUAUGUAGUGUAAAGUAAUAUUCAAUAUCAAGUGUAAAAUCAUUUACAGUGCACAUAUGACGUGUUAUGGAUGUAUUUUGAAGUCUUUGACUUUGACGAGUGUCGCGAAUUGUACACAAUUGUCUAAACACGCCUUGCGUAAAAUGAAUUCAACAUUAAAUUGUCUCUUGGAAAAUUCAUUUGAAAAUUAUGUAAAUAUAAAUCGCAUAUUUCA